GUUAUUACAUCUCUCUUCUCUUAAACCUUGAAAUCAUGGAGUUUGAGGAAGUCAAUGAUUUUUUAAGAGCUGGACAAACCGAACCAGAGUUAUUUUAUAACGCACUGGUAUACCAACAACAACCCGUAACGCGAAAACCCACACUUUCAAACUUUGUUCAUCGUCUUAAACAGCAUUCGAGUAAGACUCGCUUUGUAAGUCAAUAUAAAAAGUUGUCGGAUAACUUGACCAGUGACGACGAAGAAUUGGCACCAGACAAUGUUUCGAUACGAAUCAUAGAUCCUAUUCGAUCACGUGAAGAGGAGGAGGAAGAGGAGGUAGUGAGGACAGUGAUCAAAGGAGAAAAGAAACCGAUGAAGAGGGUGAUGAUUAAUGAGAGUGCCAAUCAAAUACGAGGAGAUAUCGUCAUGGUUACUGACGAUCAUGACGAAGAGAUAAGCAAGGAUUACAUCACAUUAGAUGAGGCAAUGACCCUGAUACACAAGGAUUUGUGUGAAAAACAUGACGACAUUGAGCGAGAGAUGAAACGUAUCGAAUACAAUAAGGAAGAAAUCAGACGGUAUCGCGAAAACCUAAUCGGGAUGCAAGCACAAUUGGACAUGUAUCUUUAUUCGUUAGUGAGUAUUCAAAAUGACCAUCUCACAGACAUGAAGGCCCAUGAAAACAAGUCGUAUCGUAACGCCGAAAAGAUAAAGGAAACCAAGAGACGUAAUGCUUACUUGAAAUCACGCUUUGAAAAGUUUCGACAAGCCAUUAGUAUUGAUACCCGUCUGAUGGAAUUAGAACGUAAGAUUGCUGCCGCUUGUAAACGAGAUGAGAUUUGGGCCAAAGUACGGGAUUUAAUUCUCUCUACUCUAUUAAUUUUACUGGUCAUCUCUUCCUUUAUUGCCAUGGCAGACUUUUAAUAAUAAAAAAAAAAUGAUGUUUAUUGUAGAA